AUGGCCACAGUGAGCCAUUCGAAUCCCGACAUGUGGGGUCCUCUCAAUGAGUACGAUGAGCGAGUACAAACACGCCAGCUCAGAGAGGAUGAGCACCAGCGAGGAAUCGUGCAGAGCCUUCAAGAUCUUCACGAUAUGCUCAAAGACUACCACGCCCCUAAAGUCGUGCACCCAAGCAUCGAGUCUUUGAAGUCACCUUCGCGGUCCCUCUUAGGAUCCUUGUUCCACCGCCAGCCUCCAAAGAAACGUACUCAAUUACCUCCGAAUCUACCGAAGGGGCUUUAUAUGUUUGGAGAUGUCGGUAGUGGGAAGACGAUGUUGAUGGAUAUGUUUUAUGAUACUCUGCCGCAUAAUAUCACUUCGAAGACGCGCAUACAUUUUCACAAUUUCAUGCAAGAUGUACAUAAGAGACUGCAUGCGAUGAAGAUGGAGCAUGGGACUGAUCUGGAUGCUGUACGAUAUGUUGCUGCUGACAUUGCUGAGAAGGGGAGCGUACUCUGUUUUGACGAGUUCCAAUGUACAGAUGUUGCUGAUGCUAUGAUUUUGAGAAGUCUGCUUGAGGCUCUAAUGUCUCACGGAGUAGUCCUCGUUACUACCUCGAAUCGGCACCCUAAUGACCUGUACAAAAAUGGCAUUCAACGCGAGUCGUUCAUCCCCUGCAUAAAUUUGCUUAAAACUAGUCUUAGAGUCCUAAAUCUCGACUCUACAACGGAUUACAGAAAAAUACCACGGCCACCUUCUGGCGUUUAUCACCAUCCUAUGGACAAAGCUGCCAUUUCCCACGCUGAUAGGUGGUUUCGCUUCUUCGGUGACUUCGAGAACGACCCACCUCACGCUACGACUCAGCAAGUUUGGGGAAGGAAUAUCCAGAUUCCCAAAGCCAGUGGAAGUGCGGCCAUGUUUAAAUUCGACGAAUUGAUUGGGAGAGCAACCGGCGCUGCCGACUAUUUAGAGCUGAUGAGGAGCUACCAUGCUUUCGUAGUCACGGGGGUACCGGGUAUGACGCACCGAGAAAGGGACUUGGCAAGAAGAUUUAUUACAUUCAUUGACGCUGUUUACGAGAGUCGAGCGAAGUUGGUCCUCACGACUACGGUACCCCUUUUUCAGCUCUUCAUGUCACCUGAUGAAGUGGAUGAUGCCCUCGAAGGCGGCAGGAAGGCUGGCUCAGUCAAGCAUGCAGAGGAACACGAAGGCGUGGACGAUGUGAUGCGGCAGAUGAUGGACGAUCUCGGGAUGAGCAUGAAUAUGCUGAAGAACAGCAGCCUCUUUUCCGGCGACGAAGAAAGAUUUGCCUUCUCCCGAGCCCUAAGCAGGUUGAGUUUGAUGGGGAGUCAGGAAUGGGUCGAGCAAGGUCUGGGAAUGGAGGACCGAGGUGGGCUGGACGAAAAAUUGGAUUGGCAGAGAUUGAGGUCGAGGUGGAGAGAAGAUAGUAUGUGA